AUGAGUUUAGCUAGAAUUUCUAGGACAGUUUCUAGAGUGAUGAGAAUCGCUAUAAUUGGACAGUCCGCAUUUGGCGUAGACGUCUACAAGGCGUUGCGAGAUGAUGGUCACGAGAUCGUCGCAGUGUUCACAAUUCCAGACAAGAAUGGACGAGAAGAUCUUCUAGCACUAGAAGCCGCCAAAGACGGUGUUCCAGUACAGAAACCGGCUAGAUGGAGGAAGAAGGUUGCAGAUGGAAAAUUUGAGGUCCUUCCGGAUAUGCUGAAACUGUACCUUUCGUACAAAGCUGAGUUGAAUGUUCUUCCUUUCUGCACUCAAUUUAUUCCAAUGGAAGUGAUUGAGGCUCCAAAGCAUAAAAGUAUCAUAUAUCACCCAUCUAUUCUACCAAAACAUAGAGGUGCGUCAGCAAUCAACUGGACGUUGAUUGAUGGUGAUAAGGAAGCGGGUCUUACUAUUUUCUGGGCCGAUGAUGGUCUGGAUACGGGACCAAUUUUGCUUCAGAAAACAUGCAGAGUCGAAGAAAAUGACACAUUAAAUUCCCUGUACAAGAGAUUUUUAUAUCCAGCUGGAGUUGAAGCAAUGGCGGAAGCAGUGGAGCUGAUCGCGGCCGGCAAAGCACCUCGUAUCGUCCAACCAACCGAAGGAGCAUCGUACGAGCCGUACAUCACAUCUAAGCCUGAACUUGCUGAAAUUGAUUGGUCCAAGACGCAGCAGCAACUCCAUAACUUCAUCAGAGGAAAUGACAAAGUACCUGGUGCAUGGGGAACUCUAAACGGCGAAAAAGUUACAAUGUUUGGAAGUAAGCUAUGGCGUGAACCCGUUCCACCUCCUGAGGCUCGUGAAAUCGAGGUGCCUGAGAUUCCCGGAGGUAAAGUGUACGCCCAUGAAGGUGGACUUCUACUGCCUGGCAGUGAUGGAAAAUGGGUAAGUGUGGAUACUGUAAAAGUUGGGUCAAAGACCAUUUCUGCACACAAAUAUGGCUUGGCUGAGGAGAAAGGCGAGAAGCUUGUCUUGACUCCGGAGGAGACGAAGAUCGUGGAAGAAGUCAAGAAAAUUUGGGGAGCUAUCCUAAAAAUGCCUAUAGAGGAUGACACAGACUUCUUCGAAUCUGGUGGCACUUCAGCAGACGUCACUCGUCUCGUUGAAGAAAUCAAAUUUGUCACCAAAGUGGAACUUGACAAUACCGACAUAUAUAUGGGACCAAAGUUCGAGGAAAAUGCUGAAGCAGUCAUCAGAAAAAUGCGUGGUGGAGAUAAAAUCACUAUCGAAUACGAUCCUAUUAUAAUGAAUGUGAAUAAUAUGGAGCUGAAAUUCCCUCAUGAACUUUUCAUUGACGGUAAAUUCCAACCAUCGUCAAGUGGAAGGUUGUUUGACACUAUCAAUCCCAACGAUGAGUCCGUGAUUUGCAAAGUUUCUAAAGCCGACGUGAACGAUGUGAAUAAAGCUGUCGCUGCUGCCAAAGCGGCAUUCGAAAAAGGUGAAUGGCGAAAGAUGUCAGCACGUGAGCGCGGAAAGAGGCUAUACAAGUUGGCCGACCUCAUGGAAGAGCAUAAGGAAGAGUUAGCAACUCUUGAGUCGUUGGAUUCUGGUGCAGUUUAUACUCUUGCGCUGAAGACACACGUUGGAAUGUCGAUCGAUGUAUGGCGCUACAUGGCCGGUUGGUGUGACAAGAUCGAGGGAAGUACAAUUCCAAUUUCGAACGCACGUCCUAAUUUCAACCUCACCAUCACUAAAAGAGAGCCGAUUGGUGUAGUUGGCUUGAUUACGCCGUGGAAUUAUCCUCUCAUGAUGCUGUCGUGGAAAAUGUCUGCUUGUCUGGCAGCCGGGAAUACCGUAGUAAUUAAGCCAGCUCAGGUAACUCCUUUGACCGCGUUGAAAUUCGCCGAAUUGUCAGUAUUGGCUGGUAUUCCCAAUGGAGUGAUCAAUGUUCUGACCGGCUCAGGAUCAGAAGCAGGACAAGCUCUAGCCGACCAUCCGGAUGUUAGAAAGAUUGGAUUUACGGGAUCGACGGAAAUUGGUGCGCAGGUGAUGGCCAGCUGCGCUCGUUCAAACAUCAAAAAAGUGUCGUUGGAAUUGGGAGGCAAAUCACCUCUGAUCAUAUUUGCCGACUGCGAUAUUGAUCGAGCUGUGAAGCAGACAUGCAACGCGGUAUUUUUCAACAAAGGAGAAAAUUGCAUUGCUGCUGGUCGAAUCUUCGUUGCGAACAGUAUUCAUGAUAAAUUCCUGAGAAAAUUGGUGGCAGAAACGAAGAAGUAUGUCAUCGGUGAUCCUCUUGAUCGAUCGACAGCGCAUGGACCUCAGAAUCACAAGGCUCAUCUGGACAAGUUAGUCGAGUACGUAAAAAAAUCAGUGGAAGGAGGAGCGAAGCUUGUUCUGGGCGGAGAAAGGCUUCCACGUCCCGGCCUAUUCUUCCCGCCAACCAUCCUCGCCGAAGUAGAAGACAACAAUUUCGCUGCUAUCGAAGAGUCGUUCGGACCCAUCAUGUGUGUAAGCCGAUUCGACGACGACGACAUUGAUGGAUUAAUCAAGAGAGCGAACAAGACUGAAUACGGGCUAGCCGCUGGAGUGUUCUCAAAGGAUGUCUCGAAAGUUCUCCGUGUUUCCGACCGUUUACAAGCUGGUACGGUGUUCGUGAACACUUACCAGAAGACCGAUGUUGCCGCUCCAUUCGGCGGAUUCAAACAGUCAGGAUUCGGAAAAGACCUUGGUCAAGAAGCAUUGAACGAGUAUCUACAAACAAAAACUAUCACAUUCGAAUAUUGA